UCUCAUCCUCCGAUCAUCACUCAUCAUCUCCAACUCUUCUUUCUCUCUCCUUAAACUUCCGCCAUUGUUAACAUGCUUCUCAGAGCUUCUCCAGCUUUCUCUCUCCUCGCCAACAAUGGCGUCGAUGCUCAAUCUCUCUCAUCGCCGAAUUCUCUUUCCAAUUCUCUGACCUCUUCUUCGUCAUUUCUCCGAAUUCCGUCGGCGAAAAACCCUAACGGAGGUUUUUCUGUUUCGGCGGCUUUGCCGGAAUCUAACAGUAGGCCAUUAACCGGCGUCAUUUUCGAGCCGUUUGAGGAGGUUAAGAAGGAGCUUUCUAUGGUUCCUACUGUUCCUCAGGUUUCUCUCGCUCGUCAGAAGUAUACCGAUGAGUGUGAAGCCGCCAUUAAUGAACAAAUCAAUGUGGAAUACAACGUUUCUUACGUUUACCACGCGAUGUUUGCUUACUUUGAUCGGGACAAUGUGGCACUCAAGGGUCUUGCAAAGUUUUUCAAGGAAUCUAGUGAGGAAGAAAGAGAGCAUGCUGAAAAAUUGAUGGAAUAUCAGAACAAGCGUGGUGGGAAAGUGAAAUUGCAAUCAAUUCUGAUGCCACUUUCUGAAUUUGAUAAUGAAGAGAAAGGAGAUGCUUUGCACGCAAUGGAGCUUGCCUUGUCCUUGGAGAAACUCACAAAUGAAAAGUUGCUGAACUUGCACCAAGUAGCUGAGAAAAGUAAUGAUGUGCAAUUGCAAGAAUUUGUUGAGGGCGAGUUCUUAAACGAACAGGUUGAAGCCAUAAAGAAAAUCUCAGAAUAUGUUGCUCAGCUUAGGAGAGUUGGCAAGGGACAUGGUGUAUGGCACUUCGACCAGGUGCUUCUUCAGGAGGGAGACGCUGCUGCUGCAUAGAGAAUUUGAUUUCCUUGAAGAUUAUUCUCGACAUAUGGGAGGAUUGAACAGAGCUUGUCAUUUAACUACUCAAUUCUGGAAUUGGGUGAACUUAGUUCCACUUGUUUUGCCUUUGGUAAUUUUGCUCAAACGGGAUGUAAACUUGAAUUUAGUAGGAUCUAUGUAGGAAAUAUGAGUUAGGAAGAAUGUGACUGUUAUAGUGCUAUCUUUAGUCUUUACCCCCUACGUUUUGAUAGAAUUAAGUUUUACUUUGCAUGUUGAUUUCCUUUUUCGGAUUUCCAUCUUAUUUUGGCUCUAUUGCCUUUUCUGAGAAAAUAGCGAGGCUUUGCUCGAUUGCCCUGUGCA